CUCUGAAUCCCAGUUUGUCCGUAUCAUACAAGCAUUAUUUGUUUGAUUAAAAUAUUUUGUUUUCUCUUUUCACUUUUUUCACUCUCUCCUUCUCCUCUUCUCCUCUGUUGCUAACUUAAAAAACCCGUACGAUACUGUCAUCAAUGGAGGAAACUGGUAACCAUAGAAAACGAAAACGAUUAGUACCACAAUCCGACGAAAAUCUCCUUGUUGGUAACAAAGUUGAGGUUAGGAGUGUAAAAGAUGGUUUUGAAGGGUCAUGGCAUGAGGGAACAAUCAUUGAUUGCGAGAAUGGGUGCCGAAAAGUGAAGUAUGAUUAUCUUUUUGAUGAGAAUGAGGUUAACCAUUUAACGGAAAUAGUGAAAGUCUCUUCUGCUGAUAAAAUCUUUAUGACAUCCAAGGAUUACAAACGAGGAAGGAUAAGACCAUGUCCUUCAUUUGGAAAACUAACCAAAGAGGAUAUAUCUUAUGGUCUAUGUGUUGAUUGUUACCAUGAUGAAGCGUGGUGGGAAGGUGUGGUUUUUGACCAUAAAGUCAGCUGCAGUAAAAGAACUAUUUUCUUUCCUGAUCUAGGGGGUGAGUUGCAGACUAAUAUUAAGAGUUUAAGAUUAACUCAUGACUGGAAUGAGGAUACAGGAAUGUGGACUCGUCGUGGGAAAUGGAUGUUUCUGGAGAUCUUGGCGGAGCACGAGAGGGAUGCCUUUAUCCCUGUUUCCCUGAAGCAAAUAUGGUAUGAUGUAAGAGCUAAAAAUGAAUUUGGUGAGAUUCGGGAGUGGCCAUGUUCUGUCCAUUCUUUGUGGAGAAAGCUGAUAGCACAGGUUAUUGAUGAAAAUCUGAGGCUAACUGUAGGUGCUCUUGCCGAAAGGUUUAUGUCUGUUCAAGAUGAAGAGUUGACGAGAAAGAAUAAAGUUGCUUCUGAAAUAAUUGAUGCAAAUCCGAGGCUGACUGUAGACGAUCUUGCGGAAAGGUGCUUGUCUUUUCAAGAUGAAGAUUUGACGAGGAAGAAUAAAGUUGCUUCCGAAACAAUUGAUGAAUUGUGUGUCAAUGAUGAGUUAGCGAUGACAAAUGUGCGGAACUCAGUGUCAGUGCCUGACAAUAGUCAUUUGGUGCCGGUGCAACCUCAGGUUCUGUCAAUGAUAUGUUCGGACCAGGAAGUCAUUGAUUUUAGCACAUGUGAUGCUGAUGAGAAAAUGCACAAGGGACGAUGUAAUAAAAACUUGCAACCCGAGAACCUUAAACCUGAGUUCUGCCCAAGGUCUUUAUAUGAAUAUGUUCAGACAGACAAUCCUUCACAGACUUUGACUCAGCUUACCAGACGCCAUCUUUGUUCUCUGGGAUACAAAAUGGAGCAUUGUCAAGCAACAAAAGGUGUCCGUUAUGAGUCUCCUCGAGGAAAAUCAUUCUUUAAUCUUCGAAAAUGUGCGAACUUUGAAAAGCAAGUAAUCGAGAAUUCUUCCUUAGCAGCAGAAGAUGUUCUGAGCGGAAAGAGGUCAGCUUCUGAUGAUGGGAAUUGUGCAGAACUACAGCUUAAGAUAGCACGGACGAGUGAAAUUUGCACUGAAAGUAAGAAGCAAAAAGUAAUGGAGAAUUCCUCUCUAGCAGCCGAAGAAGUCCAGGUUGAAAGGAAUGUUACUCCUGAUCACCCGAAUUGCAGCAGUGAAGAACAGCUUAUGGUAUUAAAUACCACUGAAGUGUAUAGACCGAAUAGAAAAGGAGAAGUAUUGAACCUUGAUGUUGAACCUAAAUAUUGCCCAGAAGCUAUAACAAAGUACCUGAAGGAAAAUAAUCACAUGAGCAGCAAAAGUGAACUGGUAGAUGAAGCUAGAGCUCAUUUGUCGGCUAUUGGUUGGAAAUUUUGGCCUUUUUUUAAGCGAGGAGGAAAGCAUGAGUGGCGCUAUGAUUCUCCUACUACUGGUAAGACAUAUAAUUCUUUGUUGUCAGUUUGUAGGGCGAUUGUAGGAGGCACGGAGACACAUAGUGAAGAACGCAAGGCCCUUUCAGGUUGUGAAAUUUCAUUACCCAGUGCAGACUAUCGUGGAUGUUCCUUCUCUAAAAAUUGGUCCAGAAAUUAUCCUCGGGCUCUAAGAAAGUACAAGUCUGGAAAGGUCCAGCGGCGGAAAGAAAAGGUUCAUGUAAAUCAUCAAUCUAUUAGAAAAUUAAGCACAAGCUUUGUAUCAAAGAAAAAAAAAGCUUUGGGUAAAGUAGGAAAUAGUUCGCGAGAACUGCGAUCGACUAAACGAGCACGCCAGGCAGGAUCCUCUAGUUCAUCACAGGUCCCUCUGACUGUACUUUCUUGGAUGAUAGACAACAACAUGGUGUUGGCCAGGGAAAAGGUUGAGUACUACAGACAGGGAGAUGAUAAGCCCACAGCUUCAGGACGAGUUACUUGUUAUGGAAUCAAUUGCAGUUGCUGCUCCCAGGUUUUUACUCUUAGUGGUUUUGAAGCUCAUGCUGGUUGCUUUUCCAGUCAACCAGCUGCACACAUAUUUUUUUGCAAAGACGGGAAAUCUUUGGUGGAACGUCAAUUGGAAAUAAUGCGUCAGAAUGUCGAGUACUCCUCUAUAGAGCCAAUGGAAAAGACUAGUGAGAAGCGACUAAAUAGCUGGAAUGACCACAUUUGUUCAAUUUGUCGUUAUGGAGGUGAAUUGAUUUUAUGCGAUCGAUGUCCAUCAUCGUUCCAUGCAAGAUGCCUUGGUUUGCAGGAAAUUCCUGAUGGUGAUUGGUUCUGUUCAUCAUGUUGUUGUGGAAUAUGCGGUAAAAGCCACGUUGAAAAUACAGAAUUCCCUACGAACAAAAAUGUUUUAUCAUGUCAUCAGUGUGAGCGGCUAUAUCAUGUUCGAUGUAUAAGAGAAAAAUAUAUGAAUCAAUUGGAAAUUGAACCUACAGAAAAAUGGUUUUGCUGUAACGCGUGUCAAAGGGUGCAUUGGGGUCUCCAGCAGCUUCUUGGCAAACCCAUUGUUGUUGAUCAUAAAGAUUUGACAUGGACGCUGAUGAAACCAAUGGAUUUCUUGGCCAUUAAUGAUGAUGAUUGUGAUGUUCUCUCGAUCACGGAGAAUUACAGCAAGCUCAGUGUUGCUCUUGAAGUGAUGCAUGAGUGCUUUGAGCCUGUUAAAGAACCUCGAACCAAAAGAGAUCUUGUAGAAGAUGUUAUUUUUUGCAGGGGGUCUCACCUCAAUAGACUAAAUUUUCAAGGAUUUUAUACUGUGCUGCUGGAAAGAAAUGAAGAGCUGAUAAGUGUGGCCAUUUUAAGGGUGUAUGGAGACAAGGUGGCAGAGAUUCCACUUAUCGGCACGCGCUUUAAGCAUCGCCGACUUGGAAUGUGUCGAAUGGUUAUGGAUGAAAUUGAGCAGAUUCUAAUUAAACUUGGAGUGAAGAGGCUGGUUCUUCCUGCAGCAGCAAGUGUGCUGAACACAUGGACUACUGCGUUUGAGUUUACUCCAGUUACAGAGGUUGAGAGGUCUGAAUUUUUGUGUUACAGCUUCUUGGAUUUUCAAGAUACUAUUUUGUGCCAAAAACCAUUAAGAAAGCGUCCGUCACCUCUACCUCGCCGACAGUUAUCAAUAGAUGCAUCAGGUACGCGUCCUGAAGCUCUCAACAUGGAAAGGGGGGGUACUAUUGCUGAUCCUGAAGGGAACAGUUCCAUAUCCGAAGUUUCUCAAGAAGAUCGAUUUGAUGAGAGUGAAACUGUGGACCAAGGAGCAAUAAUAAAGGUUGCUGAAGAGAAAUCAAAUGGUGGUGAUAAUUUGCAAAAUGCAGCUGUUUCUAAGGUAACUGAUCGAACCAAUGAAGAACGUGAACCAUGCAAUGCCUUGGAGCUGAAGAAGCAAAAGGUUGAACACAAUAAAUCUGAUGGAAGUUUAAAAUGUUACAAAAGAAAGAACUCUUCGGAGCCAAGAUCUCCAGUUUCUCGAGAUAACUGCCCUAAAGUAGAAGUAAGUUGUAGGUAGUCUGAACUUGGGACAAUCCCUGAAUGCUUGAGGCGUAAAUCCCUAAUCUGUUAACGGCUUUAGCAAUCCGGGGAUUUUCCAAUAAACCCUAAAUUUUGUAAGACCCAAUUGGAUGGUUCAAAAGGCUAUAGCUGUACCCCUUUUUGACUAGUUAGCUGUACAGGUUUAUAAACAGUAUCAUCUUUCUCAGUUCAAAGUAGUAAGAUUACUACUAUGUAAUUGGUAUAUUUAUAAAAAGUAUCGUCAUUCUUAUCAUCACCUCCAAUUCACCCUUCUUUCCCCUUCUAUAAGAAAUUUGUAGAUCGAUAACAUUUGAUAUUGGACGAUAAAGAUUGAUGUAGAUUCAGGUGCGUCGAUUUUGAGAGUCUCUAAGGUUCUCUUGAUGAACUUUGAGCCAACUGUAUCUAUUGUUUAUUAAUUAGCUUGUUUUU